GUUUUCUCACGAUACCGACACGACGCUUGGAGAACUGUGUGUUAUUUUUUUUGCAAAAGAAAAGUUGUAUUUUUAUAGUUUUAUAUUGUACGCCCCGCUAAGUGCGUGUGCUUAAAACAAAGUUCAGACAAUGGGUCGCAAAAAGAAGAAGGCAUCGAAACCCUGGUGCUGGUACUGCAAUCGAGAGUUCGAUGAUGAGAAAAUUCUGGUGCAACAUCAGAAGGCGAAACACUUCAAAUGUCAUAUAUGCCACAAGAAACUGUACACGGGACCCGGACUCUCUAUUCAUUGCAUGCAGGUGCACAAAGAGACGGUGGACAAGGUGCCAAAUUCGCUGCCCAACCGCUCCAACAUUGAGAUCGAAAUCUUUGGCAUGGAUGGCAUUCCAGCGGAGGACUUGCGAGAUCAUGAGCGGCAAAAGAAUGGCGGAAAGUCCGAUUCAGAUGACGAUGAGCCAGCGGCGAAGAAGAAAGUGGAAUAUCCCAUGUCAGUGCCGCCGCCCAUGAUGAUGCCUCCCAACAUGAUGCCACCACACAUGCUGGGUCAGUAUGGCAUGGGCAUGAUGCAGCAUAUGCCGCCCUUACCUCCAUACCCAAUGCCAAUGAUGCCUCACAUGAUGCCACCGCGUCCCAUAUUCCCAGCCAUGGCCACCACAUCAGCGGCCGCAGCUGCCGCCGCGGUGCAUCAACAUCAGCAACAACAGCAGCAUGCCGCAGCCAUGGCUCAUCAGAAACCCACGUUUCCGGCUUAUAGCAACGCCACCAUAAGUGCUCCACCCACAACCAAUAAUGCUGGUGUUGGCGGCGGUUCAACGUCAAAUGCGACGCCGCUGUCUGCACCAGAUCCUCAUCAACAGGGACGGCUAUCAAGUACGACGAAUGCGAGCGGGAAUUCGGCUGGAGGCAGCGGCGUAGUGGCCGCCGUUAGCACAAAGAUUAUGCAUCCGGCCGAGGACGCAAGUUUAGAGGAAUUGCGUGCCCGUCAACCCAAGUACCAAGCGCGUCUAGCGAUCGCAUUGGCAACCAUCGCUGCAGGGCCCAAAACGAACAGUCCGCGGAGUAAUAAUGGUGGUGGAAAUAAUAAUGCUGGUGGUGGUGGAUCAGGCGGAGGAGGUAGUGCUGCCUCAUCGAUGCCAUCGACACCGCCGCCGCCGUCGUUGUCGGGCGUCUCGCCAACAGGCAGCGCUGCGGCCGCCGCUGCGAACGCAAUCGCUGUGAGCACAGCGAUCUCCAAGGCACAGGAAACCGCCGCUCUGGUGGCCGUGGCGCAGGCGCACGCACAGGCUGCACAGGUGGCUCAAGUCCAAGCCGCGCAUGCUCAACACAUGCAGGCUCAAGUGCAGGCGGCUCAGGUGGCGCAAGUUGUUGCAGCCCAGCAGCAGCAGCAGGCACAAGUGCAGGCGGCACAGCACCAGCAGCAACAACAACACCAGCAGCAACAACAGCAACAGCAUGUGCAGCAGCAACAACAGCAGCAAGUGCAGCAGCAACAAGCCAAGCAACUGGAGGAGCUGAAUCGUGCCGUGAUGCUGCAACGCCUUCAGGCGGUGCGACAGCCAGGCAAUCCUGGUGCAGCUGCAGCGGCGGCUGCUGCCGCUGCCGCUGGCCUGGGCAUGAUGCCACUGCCCACGCCCAUGCAGCUGAUGCAACCCAUGCAACCGAUGCAGCUGCGAACUGGCGCCGUUGCCAUUGGACCACAUGGCGCCCUCAUCGGCAGCAACAUGUUGCGUCCUGGCCCAUUGCCCGGCAUGCCGGCAGGCUUGCUGCCCAUGCAGGCGAUUGGACUGCCGGGAUUGCAUGCCGGAGCGAUGCCAAUGCCGGGGAUGGGUGUGAUGCUGCCUGGGCAUCCGAAUAUGCUGCAGAUGAUGCAGCCGCGCUUCAGAUGAUGCCUGCCUGCCGCGCCGGGACUAUUGCAGGCGCCCCCGCAGCAGACGCAUCCACAGCCGCAACCACGAGCCACGUUUCAGCGGGCCACAUUGACGGCACUGCCUCAUCCGCAUCCUCAGGCGCAGCCUUCGCUGGUGGGUCUGCCGUUGCCGCUGCUCUUUCACGAUUGAUAAACAGGAAGAGAAAGAGAGAGAGAGACCACAGGCUGCUGCAAUGAGCGUCGACAAAUCAACACCAAUCCAAAUAAGAAAGGAAACUACUAUAACAACAAGAACAACAGCAUCCAGUUGCAAGCAAAAUGCAAUCACAACAACAACAACUGCAAGCAAGUUUUCAUACUCAAGCUACGCAAUUCUCUAAAAGCUAUUCUUUCAAUGUAUAACAGUUUUUGAGACACACACACACACACACACCAACCCACACUCACCGAUCACACACACACAUACACAGGUCACACUCACUAACAGCGAUGCGUAGUUAUGUUAAUCGAGUAUAUUUAAAGUUCAUUUCAAUAUGCACCCAAUCUUUGCUUUUGGUUUUAUUUGACAGACAAAUUCUUUAUACUCUCCUCCCCCAUCUUUCCCUUCGCGCUUUCUAUAAAUCUAUUUGUCUUUUAUGUGUUUUGACUAACUUCAAUCGACUCUGUUUUUUAUACUUGUGUGUAUUGUGCAUUCUCUGCCUUCUUGCAUAACACAGACACUGCUCUAAUCAUUACAAUAACAAAGCAUACGUACAUCCUGUAUGUAUUGCUGCUAAGCGUCUCCCCUAUUCCCCUCGCAUCGCUUCUCAUCUGGCGUUCUCUUUGCUCUGUAGCGUCUUAUCUCUCAUUUUUCACUCUCUCUAUCUAUCUCAAUACUAUAUACAUAUAUAUAAAUAUAUUCCUAGAUAUAUAUCAGUAAUUGUACAAAACUAGUAAAAAUAAUUCAUAACUAACUAAUAUAUACCGCAAAUAAUAUUGUAUUUUUGUUUACAUUCUUUUUUCCAUUACAAUUUUUUUGUUUAUUAUGUUUUUUUUUUAUUUUUUUAAUUUUAUUUAGAGCUCUGGGGCCAAUCACUCACAUUAAAGUACGCCCUGUCCAUUUUCUAACCAAAGCAAAGCAAAACAACAACACGUACGUACGUUGUUCUAUUCUCUCUCUCUAUACCUUUCUACUCUUUCUCCAAUUCACCAUGUCUUCAGUGUCAGAAAGAAAUGAUUACUAUACGCUUUGGGUAAGAAUCGGGCAACCACAUAUAAAUAUAUAUUAACUAUAUAGCAUACAUAUAUUGUAUUAUUAUAUGAAUUCGUAUUUUAUCUGUGCGUAGCUUUUUAGUCUUUCUUUUGUGUCCAUUUUGCAAUGCUCCACAAACUGUUGAAACUGUUAUACAAUAUACAAUAUGCAUAUAUGUAGUCUAUAUAACAGCAUCUAUGUCCUCCCAAUGUUCUCCCUCAAACGAAUCAAAAAAACAAAAAAAAGCGUCAUAUUUCACUUACUCGUUAAUCGCUACUCGUUACUCGUUCGUUCGUUAUCAGCCCGACAAAAAAGCACACUCGUAAGUUAACUCAACAUUUUAUAAAAUACAAUUCUUUUGGUGUACGUUUUAUUAUCAUUUUGAUCAGCAUCUGUCAAUGCGAACAUCCCGCAGUAUCAGUAUCAGGUAUCUACAUCAUUUUAUUUUAUUAUUAUACAAAUCACAUGUACUAUUAUUAUUAUUAUUACUGUUAACUAUCAAUUUGAUCAAUUUGGUUAUGGUAUUUUGUACUAAACUACAAAGAAACUAGUUACACAUAAUAGACGUUUAUAAAUGAACGCUUUCAGUUGAGAGUACAGCACAUGUUAGUAAGUACAUAAUUCCUUCUGAUUGAUACUUAAAUAUAAAUUCAUAUAUAGUUGAUUCCUCUGUUAAUGUAGCGCUCUUCCAUUGGUUAAUAUACUCAAAACAAUCAGCUUCCUAGCAACAAAAAUAUAGAAAAAAAAAACAAAGUCUAACACAAUUAGGCUCAGGCUUUGUUUGUUAUUGGCUAAUAGCUAGCCUACAUACUUACAUAGAACAUAUAUACCUAAAAAUCUGUAGCUUAAGUUGUUUCACACCAUAGUUUUGUUUGUAUUGUAACCUGGCGAGGGUCUGAAGAGAACAAACCCAGUGUAGCCUAUAGACUAGUCGAAUUGUAGCACAACCCAAGCAACCAACGAACGAUUCCCCGACCCAAUUAACAAAUCUAACAAAGAAACCAAACACAUACAUAUGUACAUCACAUACUUAACAUACAUAUAUAUUGUCUUAUAUAUAUAUUUGUCUAUCUACUCGUAUCUAUAUGCCUAAUACCUAUCAUGUAUAUUAUAUAAAGUAUUAAUCGCAAGCAAUGACAAGUGAAAGAACUGUGCCAGGUGUGAAGCCAAAGUUCAACGGCAUCUCCUGCUCGGUUUAGCGCAAAAUUGAUGUUGGACUCUCGAGUCUGGCAUAUUCGCCGCAUCCGUUCUUCGUCUGCGCCCUCGGCUCGGCUGAUGGGCGUAAUGGGAUGUUAUAACGGCGUGCUUCAGACGAGAGUACCUCAAUGCAGGACAGACAGAACUUCGCUCAAUUUUUUGUUUUUCUUGGUGGCUAUAAACAAUUUAUACACGCAUAUAAUACGUACUCAUAAUUCUACUUGUUAAGUGCGAUUUUAACAAUCGAAUUUUGAAAGCUAACUGUAAAUAUAUUCUACAUUUAAAUGGACGCCAUUUUGGUUUGCCUUCUUUUAGUACUCGUAGUUUAAAUAUACAAAAAAUGUUUAGUUAAUUGACUUUCGAUACACACACUCACAAAGUUCUUUGAUCUACUAUUCUUGGUGAAGGUCCACACUUCAUGCUGUAAUGAUUUGAUUUUUGAUCUAUAACUGUUAAAUUGUACCAUACUUAACAAUAUACAAUAACUAAUUAGUAAGUUGCACGCGUUGUUUUUGCAGAACGUAACGUAUCGAAAGCCUCAAUGGUUUCCAUAGGUGUACUUUCAUUUAUUUAUUUUAUUUUGAUAUCUGUCGACUUGUCAAAUAGCCAUCAAAGUCUGUCCUUGCGCUGGGCGACACGCGAGUAGCUGGAUCAUGUGCGGAUCUUGAACACUCAUAUGACACUCACACACACUCACACAACUGAUACUCACAAUUAGAUUCAUUGUAUUCGUAAAUGUCUGUCUCGUCCAGGCGAAAGCGUGUCACAUUAAUUUUGCUGAGCGAAAAGUUCCCUGCGUCCUGUCUCUCCCUCUUUCUCUCUUAAUACACCAAUAUCGAAUCGAUGUGUAUUUUACUCUACUUUGCAUGUCCUUCUCUCCUCCCGUUUCUUCCUGUCCCAUCUUACGACGCAGGCGAUGUGCUUACCCCAACCACCCCCCUUUAAGACAUCACAACCCCUGGCCAACCCCCGCUGCGAACGCCAACAAAAAAAACAAUAAGCACAUCACAGUUGCCAACAACAACUGUUGGACUUUUCGGUCCUUGUCUUGCGCCCAAUACAAUAAUUAACUCGUAUCGUAUAUCGACAUACACACACACACACAUGUCUAUCUCUUUCUGUCUGAUACACACACACACACACACACAUAUGUACACCCAUUAACACAUUACAUUAAUAGUUGCCGCACUGCAGGAUUCGAAGAAGGCGACCACGCCCACAACAAAGUUAAGCAUCGAAGACGCCAAAAUCAAGAAGUUUGUUUUUUCAUUAAUUCCCCUUCGAGUUGUGUUUAGUGUUAAUUGUGAAUUAAAAAUUACAUUUUUCGAAUUUGUUUAUUUUUUUAUCCCACAUAUAAUAUUCGAAAAAUAUAUAUAUAUUAUAAAUGCUUUAAGAGUCGACAGAGUGAGGUGUGUUCAGUAAAUCAAUAAGUUUAGUUUAUCCUUUGCCAAAGAUGAUUAUUGAACACUCUCUUCAGUCGGACUCAAGGAAUCGCUUUAUUAUAAUACAAAAAAGAAAAGAAAUGAAAUUAAGAUAAAUUUAAUUGCUUUGAUAGUUUUUCUCCAUUUCUUUUGCGUUGCAUUUACUAACUAAGAACUUUUCGAAUUGUUUUUUUCUUUCUUACUUUUUUGCUAAUAAAAUUAAUUACACAAAUACUUAGCUAAUGCAAAUUAAUAUUUAGUGCAAAUGCAUAAAAUCAAAAACAAAACUUUAAGAAAUGCAUAUGUUAAAAGUUUUUAAUGUUGUAAAGUAUAUGAAAACCAAAAUACUACAAUUAGUGUUUAUACAAGAAAUGUUUCUACUGAAAAACCAAAAAAAAAAAUAUACAUAUAGAAUUGAAAGCAAAGGAAAU